UCCACCCCCGGUGCAGAAAGCCCCGCCCCUGUGGCUCGCGGCCGUGUCAUUGCGGCCGAGGGGCGGGGCCUCCGCUUCCUCCCUGGCGGGGCUGGGACGAGCCGUCGAGUCCUGCCUCGGGGUGUCCCCGGCUGCCCCCGCCAUGCACGGCGCACUCGCCAUCCCCAACGAGGUCUGUAGCCUCCUCGCAGAUGUUGAUACAUUUAUUUCUCAAACGCUAAAAGGAGAAAAUUUAUCUAAGAAAGCAAAAGAGAAAAGGGAAGUUCUUCUUAAGAAGAUAAAAAAUGUUAAGGCAAGCUACCCUCAAGAGUUCCAGGAUAAAGAACUGGAAGAUGAGGAACAGUCUGAAGUCUCUUUUACUUCACCUCCUGAUAGUCUCUCAAUAGCAUCUGACCGAUAUGAUAAAGAGGAUGAAGCACCUUCUGAUGGGCAUCAGUUUCCUCUUAUUGCAGCUCAGGAUCUUCAGUUUGUUCUGAAGGCUGGAUACCUGGAAAAACGCAGAAAGGACCACAGUUUUCUUGGCUUUGAAUGGCAGAAGCGUUGGUGUGCUAUCAGUAAGACGGUCUUCUAUUACUAUGGAAGCGAUAAAGACAAACAACAGAAAGGUGAAUUUGCCUUAGAGGGCUACACCAUCAGAAUGAAUAAUAGCCUUCGGAAGGAUGCAAAGAAAGAUUGCUGUUUUGAAAUCUCCGCUCCUGAUAAGCGCAUUUAUCAGUUUACAGCUGCCACUCCCAAAGAAGCAGAGGAAUGGGUACAGCAAGUCAAAUUUGUCAUCCAAGAUUCAGGAUCUAAUACUAUUCCGGAGGAGGAAGAAGAGGAUUAUGAUGACGUUUGCCAUGUGAGCAGUGAAUCAAUAGAUGAUAGCAUUUACGAAGAAGUUAAAGAAGAACAUACUCCUUCAAAGGCUGAAGUGCCAGGAAAACUCAUCCAGGAGAAAGUUACCGUUGUUUCAGAUAACAAAAAUACCGAUUAUGCCAAUUUCUAUCAAGGUCUGUGGGACUGCACAGGAGAUGUACCUGAUGAGUUGACAUUUAAACGUGGGGACGUUAUCUACAUUCUCAGCAAGGAGUACAAUAGAUUUGGCUGGUGGGUAGGAGAAAUGAAGGGAACCAUUGGCUUGGUGCCUAAAGCCUACAUAAUGGAGAUGUAUGAUAUUUGAGAGGCCUGGGAGAAAUCUGCACUUGGGAGUGGUGUGCAGCUGCAGUUCACAGACCCGGCCUCCGAAAGAAGAAGAUUCUGCCGUACACAUUCUGUGGUUUCAGUAAAUGUAGCCAGAUCGUUGCCUUGUGUAUUUUAAACAUUAAAAACUGUAAUUGAUCAUAAUUCUGAGGAAAUGUUCUUCUUCAUCACUUUUUAUAGAAUUGUAGCGCUAGGAAAUGAAGUAGAUGGUAAUUAACAUAUGGGGCACAAACAGCCAAAUCGUGCCUGUUGCUUUUUUCCUUCAGCAUACUAGCAGGACUCUGCACAGCGUUGGGUUUGAGUUCUUUCAGGGAAUUUCCUCAGAUUUAGAAAAAUUAAUCUGAACUUUGAAAGUAGAGAACUGUUGCUCAGUUCAUGCAUGCAUUAACCUUUUAAUGCUUACUGUACAUUUUGUGCAGUUUCCUAGAAGAAUCAAGCAAAAUUUAUGCGUAAUAUUGCAAGUCUUCAGGGUAUUCUUUUCCAAAUGUUCUUGUAUUUUGCUUUAGCCAAUGAUUUAUUUUUCUCAUAUAUUCAGUAUUACAUUGUUAAUUAUUAUUUUGUUACCACAAAAUGAAGCCUUGGCUCUUUUGCUGAUAAUAAAUCAGCCUGUGUGGUAAUAUUGCCCUGAUACUGUUCUCACUUGGAGAUAGGAGUGAUGUGAAAAUUUAUAAAGAUGAGAAUAUAUUAAACCCCACAGUUUUUGCUUAGUCAACAUGAGGCAAAUGGCAGCUAAGAAUGAUUUUUGUCUGUGGUAGUGUGAGCUAUUUUCUCUAUACCUUAUAGAUACUUUCAUAAUAAAAUUUGGGUACCUUGUUGAUAGGUGGAAUUUGUGAUGUAAGUUGUGUGCAGCAGACAUCUUCAGCUCCACAAGGAUUAUUAAUAUCUCCCAGUGUCAAACCCAGCUCUUUGUGGCUAAAAGCAUCAGUUUAAACAUAAAAAAGUACACUAAAAUACUGUCACUUGUGUGGAAGGGGUUGGGCAAGUCAGAGUUAAUACUUGUUUUGGAGAUGGGCUUUGCUAUUAGCAGGCAAGACCAACUUUUUUGAGUCCUCCCACACACUUGAUUUGUGAGACCCUUAAUCUGCCAACGCGGCAGGUCAAGCCAGUCUGCGAAUCGCUGAGCCUGUGCAGGUCCCCUUGUAGUUGCUUGUGCUGUUUACGCUUCAGGCGGGCCCUGGAAACACUGUGGGUUAAAAGGUAAUGUUAGUCUGAACUCGGAAUUAGAUCCUUUUGGUAAACUGAGAUGUUGUGCUUUAUGUUAGCUAAUGUAUGGUACUUGAUGGUACGCUGGAUUCUAAUAGGAGUCAGACAAGGUACAGAGUCUCGCUGUAAUUUUUUAAAAGAAGAGAUAGUCGUUGAAAUUGAUUCUGUAUGUUAUCAGUGAAGCAUUAAAAUGAUAGAUUAUGGUCUUCAGAUCUUUUACUACUUUAAUUUAUCAAGUGUGCUUGUGGAUUGUGUACAGAAUGUGAAGCGUUAAUAUCACGGCUAGAACACUUCCUUCUCUCUUGUUAAUAUGGCACUGUAAUAAAUCUGCCGGCCAAAAUGUCUUUGUAUUAAUUACGUAAUUCCCAAUUCCACCACCACCACCUACUCUUUUGGAGUAAGCCCCCUCCUGUCGUUGAGACGAAGUGUAUGCACGGGAAACUCGAUCUGGGACAGGAGGGAUGGGGGGAUAGCGGUGCCGGGUGGGAAGCCGGAGGUGGUAGCGGGGUCCCAGCGCUACCGGUGCCCGGAAGAAGGGAAGGGGCGGCCCUGCGCGCCCGCGGCGGUAGGUGGCAGCAAAUUUUCAUAUCACAGGAGGAGGAGGAGGAGGAGGAGGAGGAGGAGGAGGAUGACUAUGAUCCCGCCCCUUCCCGCCUCCGCCACUUCUGCCGUAUGUCCAGGAGAGGGAGUCCUUACCCAAGCGAUGGGUGUGGGGCCGGCCCAGAGCCUGCUCCCCUGGGUGGUGGCAGCAGGAGAAAUAAAGUGUCUUUUGUCUGUAGUUCUGCUUUAGAGCUCCCCUCACUCCCUUAGGACAUAUGUAUGUGUGGCUGUAAACAAACUGCCUUAAAAUCCAGAAUGUGAAAGAUGUCCUGAAACUCACUUGAAGUGUCUGGGUAUAAACCAGCAGUGGACCAUGGAUGAAUUGGUUACUUGAAAUCUGUGCAAAUACCAUAACCUUUUUUGGGUAAGAAAACCUCUGUGAAUACAACUUAAACAAACCCCAGUGGUACAAAAUGCUAAUUGCUUUAUUUUCAUUGUUUACCGAGGUUGCGCUUGCCUUUGUGUGAACAGUAAGCAAAUGUUUUCGAGGUGUUGCGAGUCAUAUUCUGUACCGCGUUUUACUUGGUUAUUUGCUCUGUUCUGGAUUUGUACUAUACUGCCAUUAGAUCUUACAAUAAUGUUCAACUCUGCAAAUUUUUAAGGUUCAAAUAAAGUUUAAUUGUUUGCAAACUGUUA